AUGUCUGAAGAAACCAAAGACUUGAAAAACCUUUCGCUAGAGGAAAAGCCCGAGGGCGUCAUUCUCGGCGAGGACGGUCAGCCUCUUUCCAAAAAGGCAUUGAAGAAGUUGGAGAAGGAGAAGGAGAAGGCCAAGAAGAAGGCUGAAAGAGAGGCUCAAUUGGCCAAGGAGAAGGCAGAGAAAGAGGCCCAUGCCGCCAACGACCCGCUGAAGGCCAACUACGGCAAGUUGCCUUUGAUCAACCUGAGCACCAAGCUGGGUGUCCAGAGAGUGAAAAUCGCUGAUUUGAGCGCUAAGAACGACGGUCAAGAAGUCGUCUUCAGAGCCAGAGCCCACAACUCCAGACAGCAGGGUGCCACGAUGGUGUUCAUGACCCUCAGACAGCAGCUGAACUUGAUCCAGGGUCUUUUGAAGUCCAACGGCGAGUCCAUCUCCAAGCAGAUGGUCAAGUGGGCUGGUCUGAUCAACUUGGAGUCCAUUGUGCUUAUUCACGGUGUGAUCAAGAAGGUCGACGAGCCUGUCAAGAGCGCCACUGUCCAGGACGCCGAGAUCCACAUCACCAAGAUCUACACCAUCCAGGAGACCCCAGAGCAGUUGCCCAUGUUGAUUGAGGAUGCUUCUCGUUCUGACGCUGAGGCCGAGGCUGCUGGACUUCCAGUGGUCAACUUGGACACCCGUUUGGACUCGCGUGUGAUUGACUUGAGAACGCCCACCAACCAGGCCAUUUUCAGAAUCCAGCACGGCAUCUGUGAGUUGUUCAGAGAGUUCCUCUCCAAGAAGGGCUUCACUGAGAUCCACACCCCAAGAUCUUGGGUGCUGCUUCCGAAGGUGUCGUACUUCAAGAGAUCCGCCUACUUGGCCCAGUCUCCCCAGUUCUACAAGCAGCAGUUGAUCGCCUCCGACUUUGAGAAGGUGUUUGAGGUUGCCCCAGUGUUCAGAGCCGAGAACUCCAACACCCACCGUCAUAUGACCGAGUUUGUCGGUUUGGACUUGGAGAUGGCCUUCGAGGAGCACUACGACGAGGUCAUGGAGGUUUUGCAGGACUUGUUCAUUUUCAUCUUCACCGAGCUCAAGAGCAGAUACGGCGAUGCCAUCGCUACCGUCAGAAAGCAGUUCCCUGUCGAGGACUUCAAGUUGCCUGCCGACGGCAAGAUGGUCAGAUUGCAUUUCAAGGAGGGUAUUGCCAUGUUGAGAGAGGCCGGCAAGGAGGUGGACGACUUUGAGGACCUCUCCACCGAGAACGAGAAGUUCCUUGGUAAGUUGGUCAGAGACAAGUACGACACCGACUUCUACAUCUUGGACAAGUUCCCCUUGGCCGUCAGACCCUUCUACACCAUGCCUGACUCCGAGGACCCAAGAUACUCCAACUCUUACGAUUUCUUCAUGAGAGGCGAGGAGAUCUUGUCUGGUGCUCAGCGUAUCCACGACCCUGAGUUGUUGAAGGAGAGAAUGGCUGCACACGGCGUUGACUACUCCACCGAGGGCGUUUCCGACUACGUUGAUGCCUUCACAUACGGCUGUGCUCCUCACGCCGGUGGUGGUAUUGGUUUGGAGAGAGUGUUGAUGUUCUUCUUGGACUUGAAGAACAUUCGUCGUGCUUCUCUCUUCCCAAGAGACCCCAGAAGAUUGAGACCAUGA